GGACUACACCUCCCCGCAUACCUUGCUUCCCGCGCCGGGGUGGAUCCCGGCUGAAUUCCGGCAGCACGUCUGCGCGCUGCCGCUUCCUCUGUCCUCUUCUGAGCGCGGAAAUUGUUGUCUUGGUUACAGGUCCUAACGGUCCCCAACCUCAGAUUCCUUGUUGAAGGACUUCAGCCUGAGCUUCUAGUCUGGGCCCGUCUUCAGCUCCUCGAGUUGCGGUUGUGGCGGCUGGUCCAGCCUUCAACGUGGAGUAAUUGAAGGUUUCGAGAAAAUUGAAAUAGAAUUGGAGAAGAAAACUGACUCAUAAUAAUAAAAAAAUGUCUCGGAAAAUUGCCAAGGUAUCCAAAAAAGUGAACAUCUCUAGCUCUCUGGAAUCGGAAGAUAUUAGUUUAGAAACAACAGUUCCUACAGAUGAUAUUUCCUCAUCAGAAGAGCACGACGGUAAAAUCAAAAUCACCAGGCAGCUAAUUGAACGUAAAGAACUACUUCAUAAUAUUCAGCUACUGAAAAUAGAGCUAUCCCAAAAAAAUAUGAUGAUCGACAAUUUGAAAGUGGAUUAUCUUACAAAGAUUGAAGAAUUGGAGGAGAAACUUAAUGAUGCACUUCACCAGAAGCAACUACUAACACUGAGAUUAGACAACCAAUUGACUUUCCAACAGAAGGAUGCCAGAAAAUACCAAGAACUAAUGAAACAAGAAAUGGAAACAAUUUUAUUGAGACAGAAACAACUAGAAGAGACAAAUUUUCAGCUAAGAGAGAAAGCUGGAGAUAUUCGUCGAAACCUGCGUGACUUUGAAUUGACAGAAGAGCAAUAUAUGAAACUGAAAGGCUUUCCUGAAGAUCAGCUUUCUAUUCCUGAAUAUGUAUCUAUUCGGUUUUAUGAACUAGUGAAUCCAUUAAGAAAGGAAAUAUCUGAACUGCAGUUGAAAAAGAAUGACCUGUCAGAAGAAUUAACUGAAAACAAAAGUCAGCUGAAACAACUGACAGAGACUUAUGAGGAAGAUCGAAGAAACUACUCUGAUCUUCAAGUUAGAUGUCAGCGUUUGGCCUUAGAAUUAGCAGACACCAGACAGUUAAUUCAGCAAGGUGACUACCGUCAAGAGAACUAUGAUAAAGUCAAGAGUGAGCGUGAUACAUUUGAACAGGAAGUAAUUGAGUUAAGGAGAAAACAUGAAAUACUCGAAGCCUCUCACAUAACUCAAGCUAAAGAAAGAAGUGAAUUAUCAAAAGAGGUAGCCACCUUACAGCAGACUGUUACUUUACUGCAAAAGGAUAAAGAGUAUCUCAAUCGCCAAAACAUGGAGCUUAGUGUUCGCUGUGCCCAUGAAGAGGAUCGUCUUGAAAGACUUCAGACCCAACUUGAAGAAACCAAAAAGGCUAGAGAAGAGAUGUAUGAAAAAUAUGUAACAUCCAGAGACCAUUAUAAAACAGAAUAUGAAAACAAACUGCAUAAUGAACUGGAACAAAUCAGAUUGAAAACCAAUCAAGAAAUUGAUCAACUUCGAAGUGCCUCUAGGGAAAUGUAUGAACGGGAAAACAGAAAUCUCCGAGAAGCAAGGGAUAAUGCAGUAGCUGAAAAGGACCGAGCAGUGAUGGCUGCAAAGGAUGCUUCAGAAAAACAUGAUCAGCUGUUAGACAGAUACAGAGAACUACAACUAAGUGCCGAAAGCAAAGUAACAGAGUAUCUCCAUCAAAGUAAAUUAAAAUCUUUUGAAAGUGAACGUGUUCAACUUAUACAAGAGGAAACUGCAAAAAAUCUCACACAGUGUCAGUUGGAAUGUGAAAAAUAUCAGAAAAAACUGGAGGUUUUAACUAAAGAAUUUUAUAGUCUCCAAGCCUCUUCUGAAAAACAUAUUACCGAACUUCAAGCACAGAACUCUGAGCGUCAAGCAAGGCUAGACAUUUAUGAGAAAUUGGAAAAAGAACUUGAUGAAAUAAUAAUACAAACUGCAGAAAUGGAAAAUGAAGAUGAGGCUGAAAGGGUUCUUUUUUCCUAUGGCUAUGGUGCUAAUGUUCCCACAACAGCCAAAAGACGACUAAAGCAAAGUGUCCACUUGGCAAGAAGAGUACUUAAGUUAGAAAAACAAAACUCAUUGGUUGUAAAAGACCUGGAGCAUCAAAAGGACCAAGUAACACAGCUUUCACAAGAGCUUGACAGGGCCAAUUCUCUAUUAAACCAGACUCAACAACCUUACAGAUACCUUAUUGAAUCAGUGCGUCAGAGAGAUUCUAAGAUUGAUUCACUGAAGGAGUGUAUUACACAGCUUGAGAAAGAUGUGAGCAAUUUAAAUAAAGAAAAGUCAGCUUUACUACAGAUGAAGAAUCAAAUGGCAUUAGAUUUAGAACAACUUCUAAAUCAUCGUGAGGAACUGGCAGCAAUGAAACAGAUUCUUACUAAUAUUCGUAACAAGCAUUCUGAAGACAGGUUAUUUCUUACUAAAACAGAAUCAAAAAAUGUGACAGAAAAUCAGAAACCAAAGACUUUGAAUGUGCCUAGAGAACAUGAAGACAAUAUAUUUAUACCCAAACCAACACUCUUUCAGACGAAAAAAGAAGCACCUGAGUGGUCUAAGAAACAAAAGAUGAAGACCUAGUGUUUGGGGCCAACUUGCUAUAUCGUUAUUUACACCUGAAGUUCUUUUUCUAAUGAAAAAGUUUAUCUUAAUCAUGUACUUCACAUUUUUUAAAUAACUAAAGUUUAUUGUAACCAUUAAAUGAACAGAUUUCGGCAUAGUCAAAACGUGUAAAGUGUAAACAAUAGUAUGCUUUAUAUUUGAUUUUUAUCUAUUUUAUUGGAAAAUAAAUGUCAUACUUGAUUUA